AGGCUUCAUGUAAAUCCACAACAAGGAACUCGCCAUAUUCGUUCCCCUGUCGGCGCAGACGGCGCUCGCGGUUUGCGGUGAGGCACAGCGCUAGACGAGAGUCGAGAAGGCGGCUUUAUUAUCGCUGAUCGAGGAGGAGGAGGAGGAAGAAGGCCGUCCCGAUACAAACGCGGCAGUCGCUGGAUGCGGCAUGGCAGGCGCAGCGGGGGGCGGCAGGGCGCACUCGUUCAAGGCGGUGUUGCUGGGCGAGGGCUGCGUGGGAAAGACGUCUCUGGUGCUGCGCUACUGCGAGAACAAGUUCAAUGACAAGCACAUCACAACGCUACAGGCAUCCUUCUUGACCAAGAAACUGAAUAUCGCUGGGAAAAGAGUAAAUCUGGCCAUUUGGGACACGGCAGGCCAGGAACGCUUCCACGCACUUGGGCCUAUCUAUUACCGUGAUUCCAACGGAGCCAUUCUCGUGUAUGACAUCACGGAUGAGGACUCCUUUCAGAAGGUCAAAAACUGGGUAAAAGAAUUAAGGAAAAUGCUUGGAAACGACAUCUGUUUAUGUAUAGUAGGUAACAAGGUAGACCUUGAGAAAGACAGGCAUGUGUCCGUGGAGGAAGCUGAGGAGUACGCAACGUCAGUAGGAGCCAAGCACUUUCAUACAUCCGCCAAACAAAACAAGGGCAUCGAAGAGCUCUUUCUGGACCUUUGCAAAAGAAUGCUGGAGACGGCGCAGUCGGAGGAGAGUGCGAAAGGGAACGGCGCGUCCCGUGGCGGCAGCACGCGGCGCGGGGUGCAGAUCGUAGACGACGAGCCCCAGCAGCAAGGCUCCGGAGGCUGCUGCUCCUCCUGAGCCCGUCCCACACUCCUCCUCCUUCCUCAACAACCACCUCCACCACCAUUGGGCCCUUUUUACAACAACUUGGAAGUCGCUCCAUGCAUGUUCACCGACAGUGCUUGAACUGGCAAGCAAGCAUGAAUGCUCAUCCGUCGUUUAUCCGACGUGAAUCUCAAGUGUGGGGGGUGAUG